AUGUUCGAUCCGCUCAACCAUAAAGAUAUCGCAGCAGAUUGGACCGUCAAGUCUACGCCGUAUGCACUGCUUUCCCACACCUUCACACUCGUCAGUUCAACGCGUUCUCGGCUACUGAUUGUAGAUUGCUUGUGCAAUAUGCUCAGAAUGCUCAUCGUCUAUUCCCCAGAAUCACUCCUCUCUGCCGUUUGGCUUUGUACGAAUGCAAUUGCACCACCGUUCGAGAAUACUGAGCUUGGUCUCGGUGAGAGCAUCAUUGGCAAGGGCAUCAAAGCAGUCUCUGGCGUCAAGUCUCUCAAAGCCCUGUACAAUAAGCACGGCGACGCAGGCGACGUUGCCUUUGAAGCAAAGGCGAAAGUCAGGACAAUCUUGAAACCAGCGCCCUUGACCAUCAGUGGCGUUUACAAAAGUCUGCGAGAGAUUUCCUCCUCCAAGGGAACAGGCUCAGGAGAAAAGAAGCAGAAGAUUGUAGAACGACUAUUGCUUUCUGCUCGUGGCGAAGAGGUUCGAUUUGUGACCCGAACGUUGGUCUGUCAUCUUCGAAUCGGUGCAGUCAAGACAACUAUGCUCAUUGCCCUAGCGCGUGCCUUCUCACUCAACAAGCCCUCAGACAGCACAGCAAUAUUGACUCCCAAUCUGAUGGCGUUAGCCAAAGAUCCUCGACAAGAAAUCUUCAAGACUUCAGAGCAAAUUGUCAAGCAGUCGUUUGCUCGCCGACCCAACUACAACUUACUUGUGCCAGAUCUGUGUGCUGGCGGGAUCGAGCAGCUCUUGUCGGGGCCAGACAUCUCGAUUGGCACACCCAUCAAGCCAAUGCUGGGUCUCAUCACGCGAGACCUGAACGACAUGUUUACGCGUCUUGCUGGUCAAGCUUAUACCUGCGAAUACAAGUACGACGGUCAACGUGCACAGCUCCAUUGCAGCGAAUCAGGGCAAGUGAGUAUCUUUAGUCGACAUCUGGAACGUAUGACGGAAAAGUAUCCAGAUCUUUGCAGCUUGGUGCCGGAUAUAAAGUCCGAUCAAGUUCGUUCGUUUGUGCUCGAAGGGGAAGUCGUUGCUUGGGACAAGCUGGUGGGUAUGCAAAACUUUCAAUCUCUUGCAGCGCGUGCAAGGAAGAACGUUGAAGCUGGUACUGUCAAGCAACAGGUAUGUCUUUUUGGCUUUGAUCUCAUGUUCCUCAAUGGCGAGUCUCUACUCAACAAAUCGCUCAGGGAACGGCGUGAUAUCUUCAAAACACAUUUUCGUGAAGUUGAGGACCGAUUCACAUUUGUCAAGUCUAUCGAUUGCCCUGAAAACAGUGAAGAGGAUGUUCUUGCAUUCUACAAGGCUGCUACAGAUAACAAAUGCGAAGGCAUCAUGGCGAAGCUACUCGAGAAUGAAGUUCCUAUCGAAGCUGCAGUCGAGGAAAAAGAAGCACCAAAACGCAGUGGUCGUAAAAAGGCACUCUUGGCGACUUACACGCCUGAUCAGCGUCUCGAAUCUUGGCUCAAGGUGAAGAAGGACUAUGAUGCCGGUGCUGACUCGCUUGACUUGAUACCCAUCGGUGCAUGGCACGGCUCUGGUCGCAAGGCUAAUUGGUGGUCUCCUAUUCUACUGGCUGUUCGCGACAAGGAAACAGGUAUGCUGCAAGCAGUUUGUAAAUGCAUCUCAGGCUUUACUGAUGUCUUUUACAAAGAUCUCAAAGUCAAGUACGCGGAAGACGCCGAAACGACUUUUCAAGGCGACAUGCCAGGCGAUGUGGAUUCUCCUCUACAUCCUGAUUACUGGUUUGUGCCACAAGAAGUAUGGGAAGUGCGUAUGGCAGACAUCACAUUAUCACCUGUGUAUCGAGCUGGUAUUGGUCUUGUGUCUGAAGAACGAGGCCUCAGCAUCCGUUUUCCGCGAUUCAUGAAGCGUCGUGAGGACAAGUCCAUUGAGGAAGCAUCGACAGGCGAAGAAUUGGCUUACAUGUUUCAGCAACAAGAAAAGCGUAGCGAUGCGCCAGUCAAGGAUGACUUUGACGAAGAUUGA